AUUACCCACCACGCCUCGCAUCAAGCCCUGCCAUCUUUCGAUUGGCGGCUCGCGCAAGGGGCGCUGGGAAAUGUAGUCCUGGCGGCCCCAGCGCUUCUCCUGCUCUUGCUGAGCCCAGCUAGCUUGGGAAUAAGAAGCCUCUGCCUCCAUGGUUCAUGCCUUUGCAAUCCACACUUUGUGCUGCCGGUCCGGGGAUGAGGCUGGUCCUUGCCGGGUGCUUUACUCCAAGGUCUUCAGUCCAGAAAGGUCAGAAGAUGCAAGAGGUCCAGAUCCGGAGAAGGAACGGCUGCUCCAGAAGGAGAAGAUCUUGGCCGUAGCAAGGCAAGUGGAUUCAACCUGCAAGCUGUACCAACAAGCCUCUGGAAAGUCCCAUUCAGAACAUCUCAUCCAGCUUCCCGAUGAGUCCGUUUCUCUCCAGGAUGCCCCAUCGGGGUUUUUCCGUCUCCCUCUGGGAGACCCCUUCUCUGAGGACAAGACGGUGCUGUGGCUGGGGGUCCAGUCCCUGGGCUUUGCUCUGGUCUGUGACCCCCAUGAGAACCUGAUGCUGGCUGAAAGCACUCUCCGUCUCCUGGUCCGCUCCUUCCUGGACCACCUCAAGCUACUGAGCUCCGGAAGCGACAUCCUGCUGAAGGCUGACCGGACGGAGGUCAUCCUUGGGAAGUUCCUGCCCCACGGGCAGCUGCUGUUCCUCAAUGACCAGUUUGUGGUGGGGCUGGAGAGGGAGAUCGGAGCCUCUCUUGGGAAAUGAAAAGGCAGCCAAAGCAUCUUGGGAUCACUGGACAAUGGCUACUAGCCAAAGGGCUGAAUCCAGCCCCUGAAUACUGGCCCGGAACCUUGGAUCACUGCAUUAAAGGUUUGCACUUUAACCCAGAGCAGAUUCACUUGCA